AUGACGUUCUGGUCGGAGCAAGCAGCUUCGAGAACACUGGAAGAGUUGGUAAUCGAGGCCGUUGCAGAAACCGGCUCGCUGUUUGGAGGCUCACUCUCCAUUGCCCAGUCUACAUCCGGAUCCGACUUUCUCGUAGUCGGAGCACGUGAGUCAUACCUUAGUUGCGAGCGCUGCGGUCAGGUUUAUGUUUUUGAUCUCGACGCGCUAGUUGCUCUCGGCGGCACACAUGAUACAUCGCAAGCUAUCGCUACCUUUGUCCCAGAGACCACCAACGUUAUCAAUCAGAAUCUUGGCACCUACGUGGCGAUGUAUGAUGUCAACGGCGACGGCGAGCCGGACUUUAUUCUCUCUGCCCCUGGCGAGCCAGCAACAGCACCAUCCUUUCGCGGCAGUGUGUACAUCCACUUUGGAACCGCCUCGCCCCCGUCCGGAGUCACUAACGUCUCGACGGCCGACAUCAUUCUCCGCGGAGCCCCAGGCUCGCUGUUUGGCACGACGUUCACGGCCGGCGACAUCGACCGGGACAACAAGACCGACGUUCUUGUGGUCGAUCCCUGCGACGGGGCGUACCUAUUCCUCGGCGCCAACCUUCAUCCAGGCGACAACGCCGCCGUUGGUGCCGCGAACUACUUCACCGAGGCCGGGCCUGCUGGCGCGUGCAAGUACGGCGACUCGCUGGUGAUGGCCAACGUGAACAACGACGUCUGGGGCGAUGAUGUACUGAUCGGGAACCACCGCCACACCAACGGGGCCUUAACGUUCUCGGGCGGCGUAGCCAUCCACCUCUCGUCACCAUGCCUCGCCUGGGAGGCCUUCUCCUGCCUCACCGGCUGCGAUGCUGGCGUCAACUCGACUGCCGCUCUCGACGCUUGCGGCGUAUGCGGCGGCGACAACUCGACGUGCUGGGCGACACCGCCAUCCAACGUGAGUCUCAUCGCCUCGGUCAUUCUGCGCAAGAGCUUUACGAUCAACGAACUUGUGGCCCGGGUGUCUGCCACCGAUCCAGAUGCCAACGACGUGGUGAGCAUUGUCCUUGACGCUACCAAAACCACCUGCCCGGUUGUGCUCGUCAACGGCGACGAGUUGCGGCUGGCGCACCCCGUCGAUCCAGCCGCGCUCGGUGCUAGCUGUACGGUGGCGGUUGUCGCCAGUGAUCGGCACACACCUUUGCCCAACACAAUCACCGCAUACGUCGUUAUGGCCGUUUACCAGGCGCCGCCGUUCGACAUCGACUUCCGGCUGCCGUUUCCUCUGGCAGAGGGAGGAUACCCUGAGCAUGCAGAGGUCGGCGAAGUUGCUGCGAUGCUCGAGCUCAGCGCCGGGUCGACUGCGCCAGGGCUUGCACUGGUGGCCGGCAACUGCUCGGGUAUUGUGCUGGAUGGGAUGAACGUCACGGUGUCUGUCCCGUUCGACUUCGAGAGCCUCGGCGCGAGCUGGUGCGAGCUGAUCCUCGCCAACGGCAAGGACAUCGACGAUGCUCGCAACGCCAGCCUGGUGCUCCCGCUCAUUGAUAUCAACGAGCCGCCGACGGCGGUGCUGGCCAAUGGCACUGCACCGAGCGUGCCGUUUGGCCGGUACAUGAUGAACGUGGCGCCGGGAACGGUCAUCGCGGUGCUGAGCGUAGUCGGCGAUCCCGACACCGGCGAGAGUGCGAGCUUUGCCAUCACCAGCACCUCGCCGCCUGGUGCAGCCGUGACCAUCGUCGAAGGUGCAACGCUUGUCACCACAGGCAUCCUCUUCGGUCCGACAACCAACGUGACAGUGCGCGCAAGCGACAGUGGGACGCCGACAAACAUGCUCUUGCUCGAGCUCGUUCUCGGAGUGACGGUGACAAACCGGCCGCCGACCGCCAUCCUGCUCGACGGCGCGGCGUCAUCGGUCCUGGUUGGACCGGUGAGCGAGUUGGCGGCGGUAGGGACGGUAAUCGGAAGCCUGGUGGCGGUGGGUGAUCCGGACGUCGGCGCGGCGGCGACGUUUGCGGUGACGGCGGUUGCGCCGAUGGGAGCCGGGAUUGGACUUGACGCCGCAACUGGAACGCAGCUUGUGGUGAUGGCGGCACUGGACUUUGAGAGUCAGCCGCUGGUGGCGGUGACUGUCGCGGCGCGUGACAACGGCGUGCCUGCGCUCACCAUCGAGGCGACUUUCUCCAUCCAGAUCAGCAACGCCAAUGAGGCUGGGAGCGCCAUCGUUGUUGCCGGCAGCAGCGACGGAAGCGCGCGCACGACAGCGAGCGCGACCGUCGGUGACGUGGUGGCCGUCCUCGCUGUAGUGGGCGAUCCCGACCCCCCGCCCGGUGGCUACCUCUUCAGCGAGCCGCUUCCUGGGACAAACGGAUGUCCCAGCGGGAGCAACGGGACCGCCGGCGCGGAUCCUGUGUUUGCGGUCGAGAUGGGUCCAUCUGGCGGGCAGAUUGUAGUGGCACGGGAACUUCCUACGGCCGGCGCGGUCUUUGUAGUGGCAGUCCUGGCGGAAGAGGCUGACGACGCGGCGGUGGCCGUCUGUGGCGAGGUGAUGGUGGCAGUGGCGGCCGGGGCCGGAGCCGACGAGGCGGCACCCGCGACGCAGAUCGAGCGGACCCGUAAGGUUUUCCUUGGGGACUAUGUGGCGGUGAGCAUGGUGGUGUACGCUGGCGUGCUUGUGGUCCUCACCACCGUGGUGGCGGUGGCGAGAAAGAUGACUCUGAGCCGCACGCAAUGGACGCGUUGGGGCGGAUGA